GGUGAGUUUCGAGCUCCAAACAUGCCUCAGGGAUCACUUGAAGUUUCUCUUGUUAGGGCCAAGGGUCUUGAGGACAUGGAUACAUUCGGUAAAAUGGAUCCUUAUGUGAUCAUGACCUUAAAAACUCAGGAGCAGAAAAGCAGUGUUGCAACAGGACAUGGAAGUGAACCUGUAUGGAACGAGAAUUUCGUAUUCAAUGUGUCGAAAGGUGCCGAAGAACUCAAACUGAAAAUAAUGGACAGCGAUAUCGCUUUCGAUGAUUUCGUCGGAGAAGCUCAAAUUCCUUUGAGGGCUGUAUUUCAGAAAGGAAACAUUCCCCCAACUGCAUAUAAUGUUGUUAGGGAUAAAGUUUUCAAGGGAGAGAUUAAAGUUGGUCUCACUUUCACCCCUGAGGGUGGAUCUUCCCCAGUUUAUGGGAGGGAUGAAUCUUACGGAGGGUGGAAACAAUCUUCACCCGGAAGAGAUCGGCAUUCGAGCGACGAUGAAAGGGAUGACCGUCGUCGAAGGGGUAAAUCUCAUGGAAGGAGAAGGCACUCUUCAGAUGAGGAUUAG